GGGCCGGGCCGGGCGCACAAAGGCCGGGGCGGCGGGGCCGGGCCCGGGUGGGAGGCGAUGGCGCUGGUGGCGGCGGUGGCCCGGGCCCUGGCGGCGCUGGCCCUGGCGGAGCGCAGCCGGCCCUACGCUGUGCUGCAGAAACAGAACCUGGUGCUGCUGGGCAGCAUCCUCAGCGCCCUGGUCCUCACCAUCAUCCUCAUGGCCGUCUGCGUCUACAAGCCGGUCCGGCGGCGAUAGCGGAGCGGGAACCGGGGGCCGCUGUGGGGAAGCGCUGCCGGUUCUCCUGCCCGGUUCUGCUGCCCGGUUCGUUCCCAGCUUGCCCGACGCCUCUCCCGCCAGCGCCGGGGCUGCCCCGAUGUCGUGUGCGCGGCUCUUUGCCCACGCAGCAUCGCGUGGCUCCAUCAUGAUGUGGCUUUCAACAACAGCACGGCCAGGGGCUGCACAUCACACCCCGGUCCUUAGCAAACUGACCCCCGGGACCGCUUUCCUAGCAAACCCCGUUGGGUUGGAGCAGGGUCUGUAGCAAUGCACUGUCUUGCCCAAACACAGCAUUUCAGCGAGGCCGAUGUGACGUGAUGUGCUCCAGAGCAUCCCUGGGGCGUGGGUGCACCUGGAGCCUCAGGGGAGCGCGACCGGCACUGACACCUGCUCUGAUCGGUGCUGGGGAACCGUCCUGGGCUGGCACGAGAACACAGCCGGACUGCAGCAUCGCUGCCUGUCCAGCAGGCCUGUGCACUUGUUUACACCACAUCUGGUUUUGCUUUCUGAUUAAUUCAGUUCCUUGCUUGAAUGCUGAGUCUUGAGGGUUUGUAGAGCAGCCUGCAAAAGUAGUCUGAAGCAAAAAGCUCAGUGACCCAGUGCAGCUGUGGCUGGUACCUCCGAGCAGAACUACUGAAGCAUGAGCAGACCGUGGUGUAGCAGUUAGCUAAACAGCCCCCAGCAGCCUUGCACCCAACCAGCCGUGUGGAACCAGUUAGGAACUGGGGUGCUGGCCAGGGUUUGCAGCUUGUGCCGAAAACCCGUCUCCUCACAGGUGGAUUUGUGCUCCUGGGCAGGUUACGGUGCACAGGAGCCCCUGGAAGCCGGGCAGAUGCUGAGGCUGCUGUGUGCAGGGUCUCUGGCAGCACCUUGUGUUGAAGCUCGGGACAGACCUGUUCUAUGCAUUUUCAGUGACCAAGUGUUUACGCUGAAAUCACACUUAUGUAUAAAUGCUGCUAUUUUGUUUUGCACUGCUGUGAGUAGUAACUGGAUUUUGCUUAUUAUUAUGUUGGUAUUUAACAUAGGGGUGUUUUGUCUAGUAAUUUAUUUAGUGUUUUAAAUCUUCAAGAACAAUUGUGUCGACCUGUUGUCUAAAACCUUGUGCUGCAUCUGACAUGUUUUCUGUUUGGUUUGUUCAAAGAACACUGACCACUCUCCUUGCAAUGGGGAUUUUCUUUGCUGCUCCUCUGUUAGUAAAGUGGUAGGACGCUGGCCUAGAACAGACCGAGUUACUAAUCUAAGUGAAACAUGAGUGAGGAUGCAAGGUAAUGCUGUUCUGUUGCUUUCCGAUCCUUUUCUCUUUUUGCUCUCGGGGUCCUGUAUCACUGAUUUUUCUCGGUCCUUCACCUGCUGUGUAACUUGGCCGGUAGCCGUGUGCUGUUCGAGGGGUGGAUGGUACAGCUUGCAGCUACAGCUCCGCGCUCCCGGGAACAGUGUUAUUUGCAUUCAUUCUUCACUCCCUGCUAUGUCUCUUUGUACAAAUAAAGAGCUAAGUCAACAA